AUGGAACAAGUUUAUAGGGAGUUAACUAGCACGGCGGAGGUUGUUUCGGAGUGUAUUUCGCUGCAAAUAUCCGAGCACAAGCGCGAAUCCGAGCUUCUGUCUCACCAGAUUCAGCUCAAGAUCGAGUCGACACGUGUUUUGCAGACGGAGUACGAGGCGCGACUUGAGGUACUUGACAAGCUACGAAGAGAACAGCAGGCACUUACGGAGACUAUUCCAGACUAUGCAAUUGAAUUGGAACGGGAGCUUCAACGGACGAGCCGGGAAAGCGAGGAGACAAAGUUACAAUUGGAACAGACGAUACGGGACGUUACCGAGGCACAGGAAACUCUACGAAAACUAGAAGCGGACGAAAGCCAUCGCAUUGCCAGUGCCGACGCUAUGUUCAGCCGACACAGGCAACUUAGCCGGCUCCAGGACACUUGA